AUGGGGUUCGAUAUGUGCUGUGGGAACAAGAAAAAGCAAUCGGCGGUUUGUGGAUCAGUUGUUCAUUCAAUCUCUAGUUUGCAGGCAGGUGCCAAAAAACCGGGCGGUCCAGUUGUGACGGCUCCCGGGUCGAAGCCGGAUGUCGCUGGAGCAAAGGUCGUACAGGGAGCUCCUGCUGCUGCUCCUCCCGUGGCUGCUGCUCCUGCCGUGGCUGCUGCUCCUGCCGUGGCUGCUGCUCCUGCUGUGGCUGCUGCUCCUGCCGUGGCUGCUGCUCCAGUGGCUCCGGUCGUAGCUGCCGCUCCUCCCGUCGUUGCUGCUGCUCCAGCGGUUGCCGCUGCUCCAGUGGCUCCGGUCGUAGCUGCCGCUCCUCCCGUCGUUGCUGCAGCGCCUGUAGUCGCUGCUGCUCCAGUUGUGGCUGCUCCUGUCGUUGCUCCGAUGGCUCCGAUGGCUCCGAUGGUUCCAAUGGCUCCAAUGGUUCCGAUGGCUCCGAUGGUUCCGAUGGCUCCGAUGGUUGCUGCCCCGAUGGUAGCUGCUCCGAUGGUGGCCACUCCUGUUAUGACUCCAAUGUACAUAUGA